AUGGAAAAUGGAUCAAGUUCACAAUGUUCUUCUGAAACAUCAGAAAGUCAAGAUGAAAUGGCUGUACAACAACAGAUUAAGCUACCAAAAGAGAGUAAACAAAAAGCGGUAGAAUUUGAUCUUGAGAGGAUACUUGAGGAACAGGAUACUCAUGAUUUGUACUGUCCUAUUUGUGACUCGUGUAUAACAAAAAAGGUGAUUUUACGUAAAAGAAAAAGGAUGGUUCAACAUGGUGGGCCUUCUAAGAAAGUGAACGAAGAAAAAUAUGAUGCUGGGAAGUCGGAUACUGGAAUGACAAAUCCAAGUGAUGCACCGGAGCCAGAUGUAUUCAGAUGUUUAUCAUGCUUCAGCUUCUUCAUGCCAACAGAGGGUGGUUUUAACAUAUUCCAGAUAUUUGAGAAAGGAAAGAAAAUUCAUGCGCAAAGUUCACCGCAAGUUCCCGAGAAACCAAGCCAACCAGGGGAUGGUGCUAUUCAAAUAACUAGUGAAAAUGACCAGAUAAUUCAACGUUCAGAAGCAACUGCCACUGAAGUGUUGGCACAUUCAGAUGUUCGACUUGAUGUAGCUGAGCAAAGUGCCAGAGGUCCUGAAACAAGCAAUGACUGGGAUGUUCUGAAAAGUAUUGUGUACGGAGGUCUAGCUGAAUCAAUUGCCAGCCUGGGUGUCGUGUCAUCAGCAGCUGCAGCUGAUGCUUCAACAUUGAGCAUCGUUGCUUUAGGGCUGGCAAAUCUGUUUGGUGGAUUUCUUUUGAUUAUUCAUAAACUUUUUGAGUUGAGAACUGCUCGAGAUGUGGCAACUGACCACGAGGAGGAUGAAAGAGCCGGUCGAUACUGGGAAUUGCUGGGGAGGAAAGCAAACUUCCGCCUGCAUUUUGUUGUUGUCAUAAUAUCAUACCUUUUAGUUGGUUCGGUGCCUCCCGUCGUUUACGGCUUCUCAUUCAGGGGGAGUGACAACAAGGAACACAAGCUCAUAGCUGUGGCUGCAGCAUCCCUUCUAUGCAUUGCGCUGCUGGCUACAGGGAAGGCCCACGUUGGGCCACAAAGGGCCUACACGAAAACUCUUUUCCACUACCUAAGCCUUGGUGUGUCAGCAUCUGGUGUCUCAUAUGUGGCUGGGGUGAUGGCCAAUAAGCUCCUUGAGAAGUUCGGUUUGUUUGAUGGUGGCAUGAGUCCCCCGUCACCUCCCGGCCUUUUGUAUCAAGAAGAUCUAAGCUCAGGAGGACGGGCGUGGGCAUCAUCAUAUUGACGACGGACCGGACCCCACUUACAGGUGGCAAUCUGUUCAUUCAGCAGCACUCAUGCACGCGUCGUCAUUCUCUUUUUCGAUUGGUUAUCCAUAACUGUUUGUCGUACGUAUCAUUCGUAUUGUCAACGUGAAGUGGUAUUGUCAUCGUGAAAUUUGAGAUUUUUGAUAUUCCUCCGUCCUACGUGAUGUGGAAGUUGUGUCAUCAAAUUCUUUUGGUGUGGCAGAUUCUUAUUGUUCAGGAAGCUCUGUUACAAA